AUGAACUUUGUCACCACUGGAAAUAGUUCUCCACAGUCUAUCCCUGAAUGUGGCAAAUGCGAAGAGCAUCCGGGAGUGUUUUCAUGCAGUUGUGGAGAAUAUUUCUGUGGAAUAUGCACCCCAAAACACCUAGGACGAAAUCCGGAUCACCGUCGAAAACCCGACAAAAAAUACCAGAAAUUUUGGGAGGGCGUAACAAAUGUUCUUUGGGGUGACGAUGAUAGUAGAAAUUCGGAUACGUUUAAACUGGAUGAAAAAGCAAAAUGGUUCGGAUUAGUUACGAAAGAAUCUUAUAUCAGCAAAGUUUCUUCCAGGCCUGGGUACGAGACAAGCAAAGUUUCUAUUAUUGUAGAAACCCCAAGAUUGGGAGAGCUGCUCCAAAACUCGGCUUUCAAAGAUGAAAACAAUCCGAGAGGCUUACUGUUUCCAAGUAUUACUUCAUUCAUCGGGUUGACUGGCGCAGGAAAAUCUGUUUUAAUCAGUUCUAUGAUCCGACAUUCUGACGAAAAUAAAUUCUUCAAUUGUCCGAUUCCUAGUGCAAAGUCUGGUGAAGACGCUCUAGUCUCUACGACCGGAGAGGUCAACCUCUACCCCGAACCUUCUAGUUUCGGCACAAGGAAUCCCAUCUUUUUUGCAGAUUGCGAGGGAUUGAACGGAUCAUCUAACCCUGUUGCCUCUAAAUAUCAAACCGACUGGGCUCAAUACGGCCAAAAAUACCGGAUUCGGCUGCCCCUCGACCGUCGAGGUGUUGUUGAAAAGAUAUAUCCUCGAUUCUUAUACAUCUUUAGCGAUGUUGUAUGCUACGUUACCAAAGACCCUAAGUCUUGUACCGAUACUACCAUCCGACUUCUGGAAUGGAGCUCCAUAGGUGCUCAAAAUACAAUUAAUCAGUACACCCUUCCGGCUCUUAUCAUCAUCAUCAAUCAGUCAACUUUACAUAUGGAUGACGAGCGUUGGAUAUCCGAUGAUCCAGAUCGCAUAACGGAGCGCUUCUUUUCUGCAAAUGAGAACGAGAUUGCAGGAAACAAUACACUAACGGAGUUUGCAUCAAAGUAUGGUGAUACAACAAUCCUAGAUAUCCUUAAACGAAGCUAUUCAAGCGUUCAGGUUCACUACAUCCCCUAUCAACAGAGAGAUUACUCAGAAGUAGAUAUCCUUCACAAAAAAACGAAAGUGCUUCUCGAGCGCAUCAAGUCGGAUACCGCUCGUGUGCAAAACAAUAGAGCGGGAUCAUUAACUCGCUUUGACAGCAGGCAACUGCCUUUUCUUACUGAUCUCGCAUUUAAACAUCUUGCAGCCGGUAACACUGAGCCGUUCGAUUUCGGGCAGUGCCGCCGGUAUGCAGGAACUCUGGAAACCUUGGAUUCAAAUCUUGAAGAAUACCUUUCUCACUGUUUUAAGUCCAACAUUCGGUUAGGCCUCGGGGCAUGCGUCUCGGCACUAGGGUCUGCCAUAUUUGUAAAUGCCUCCGCCACGAAGAGUGAAGGCAAGUAA